UGGAUCAUUUCAGCACAGGCCAGAUCUGCUGCUUCUCAGCAGGAUGUGCAUCAGGUUCCUCUCCAGGGCCAUUCCCAUUUUAAUGGGGUGUAAUGGGACAUUUGGCAUGGAUUUCUGCAUGUGCAGAGCUGACUUUGGGCUCCAUCAGGAGACCAUGAGUCUUUCCCUCACGCAGGAAUAUCCAGCUGACCCCACACCCUGCCCCUUUCCUCCGCAGAUUUACCACGGCAAGAUAAAGAACAAGGCCACGGAGCCCACGCUCAUCUCGCGCAACCCGAGAGUGGAGUUCGUCGGCUCCACCACCAAGAAGGACAACAACAUCUCCAUCGUCCUCAACGGUGUGGAGUUCAGCGACGCCGGCAAGUACACCUGCCAUGUCAAGAACCCCAAGGAGAAGAAUGCCCAGCACAACGCCACCAUCUUCCUCACCGUGGUGCAUAAGAUGGUGGAGACAGACAACACUGUGACACUCAUCAUCGUGAGCGUGGUGGGGGGGCUCAUCGGCCUCCUCAUCCUCUUCAUGCUCAUCAAGAGGGUGGUCCUGUUCAUCAUCAAGAAGACGCAGGACGGGAAGAAAGAGUGUCUGGUGAGCUCGUCAGGGAACGACAACACCGAGAACGGCCUGGCCGGCUCCAAGGCGGAACAAAAAGCACCACCAAAGGCAUGAACGAAGCAGCGGCGCCCCUCGCCCGCCCCGCCCCGCCGCGGGAGCCCGGGCAGGGCACCAGCCUUCCCCUUUUGUUUUCUUUCCGAACUGCCAACGCUUGAGACAUGUUUCUAUUACACACGUGCCUGCAACCUGCACUGCUUCUCGGAGAAGGCUGCGGCUGCCGGGGGGACUGGGAGCUUCUCGCGGACUCGGACUG